UUUUCGCUCUUCGUCAGUCCAGCAACCUCGUCGUCGACCAACUAACCAACGAGCCUCUACAGUACAAAAUGCCUCCUAAGGGAAAGAAGACCGCGCCUGCCCCCUUCCCCCAGGGCAAGGCUGGCAACAAGAAGGCUGCCAAGAACCCUCUCCUCGAGAAGCGCCCCAAGAACUUCGGUAUCGGCCAGGACAUCCAGCCCCAGCGCAACCUUGGCCGCAUGGUCAGGUGGCCCGCGUACGUCCGUCUCCAGCGCCAGAAGAAGAUCCUCAACCUCCGUUUGAAGGUCCCCCCGGCGAUUGCCCAGUUCCAGCACGUUGCUGACCGCAACCUCGCCACCCAGUCUUUCAAGCUUCUCAACAAGUACCGCCCUGAGACCAAGGCCGAGAAGAAGGAGCGCCUGACCAAGGAGGCUACCGCCAUCUCUGAGGGCAAGAAGAAGGAGGAUGUCUCCAAGAAGCCCUACACUGCCAAGUUCGGUCUGAACCACGUUGUCGGCCUCGUCGAGAACAAGAAGGCUUCGCUCGUCCUGAUCGCCAACGACGUUGACCCCAUCGAGCUCGUUGUCUUCCUCCCCGCCCUCUGCCGCAAGAUGGGUGUCCCCUACGUCAUUGUCAAGGGCAAGGCCCGUCUCGGAACGGUCGUCCACCAGAAGACCGCCGCCGUCCUCGCUCUUACCGAGGUCCGCGCCGAGGACAAGACUGAGCUCUCCAAGCUCGUCUCCGCUGUCAACGACGGCUACCUCGAGUCCCACCACAAGGAUGCCUCGCGCCACUGGGGAGGUGGUAUCAUGGGUGCCAAGGCGAACGCCCGCAUGGCCAAGCGCAGGAAGGCCAUCGAGAGCGCCAUCAAGAUCUAAACGGUCUGAUGUGUUUGCUAGGUUCAUGAAUUUUAUGGCGUGUCUCUUAUCUCUGCAUGUAGGGUCCUCAAUACCACGGAGUUACGGAGGGUUAAAAGCAGUCGCUAUGACACUGCAUUGACUGGAAUCGAACAACGAUAACGCACGCCAUUAGCAUUACUUGCAGACAUGAGUGAUGAGUGAUGUACAGUAAGCCGUCAGAAACUGUUCCCUCGUUUGCGCUUUCCCCGCUAGGGUCGUACCCGGCAAUUUUACUCAGGUCAGACACCCCAC